GAAAUUAAUGUCCAAAAUCAAUCAAAUGGUUUUUUUUUUGGUGUAAAGGGGUUAAGACUUAAGAGGCUUAAACCCUUAAAACACCUUUCUUGAGCAACUCCCUUUGUAAAUGCAUGGUGAGAGAAACCCUCCACUACUUCGCUCACCUGCGAAGGGCCUCAAAGUUUCCAACUCCAUUCACCUUCAACAAGCUUCUCCACCGCCUCACCAUCUCCAACUGUGGUCAGCUCUCUCUUAAAAUCCUCUCCAACUUCCUCUCCAAAGGGUAUGUUCCUCACCCAUCUUCAUUCAAUUCCGUUCUCUCUGUUCUCUGCAACUUGGGUCACUUUAAUUUCGCUCAAAGUCUCAUAAAUUCAAUGCCCAGAUUCGGGUCUUUGCCUGAUGUUGUCACUUACAAUACAUUGAUUGAUGGGUAUUGUAAGAAUUCUGAUAUUGAACAAGCUUGUUUCAUUGUGAAUAAUAAGAUGUGUUUAUUAGGAAAGUGUAGACCUGAUUUGGUUACUUUUAAUAUAAUGUUUAAUACAUUUUCUAAGAUGAAAAUGGAGAGAGAGUUUUUUGUGUAUAUGGGUUUGAUGUGGAAGUGUUGUUUGCCUAAUGUGGUUACUUAUAGUACUUGGGUUGAUAUGUAUUGUAAAAAAGGGGAUUUGUGUAUGGGCUCUAAAGUGUUUGAUGAAAUGAUUAGUGUUGGGGUUUCACCUAAUUUUGUUGUUUUUACUUCUUUGAUUGAUGGGUAUUGUAAGGGUGGAAAGGUUGAUGUUGGUCUUAAGUUGUUUGGGGAAAUGAAGAGUUUUUCGGUUUCGCCUAAUGUUGUUACUUACACUGCACUGAUUGAUGGGCUUUGUAAACGAGGAGAGUUGGAAAAAGCAGAGGUAUUGUUUUCUAAGAUGUUGGAAGAUGGGGUUAAGCCUCAUUCAGCUGUUUACACUUCAUUGAUAGAUGGGUAUUUUACAGCUGGGAACACUGAUUUCGCCAUUGAGUAUAUAACUAAAAUGCGGGAUCAACGAAUUAGGCUUGAUAUCACCACCUAUGAGGUGAUAGUAUGGGGAUUUUGUAAGAACAGUAUGUUAGAUAAAGUAUCUGAGGUUCUUAGAACUAUGGUUGAGAGUGGAUUGUCUCCGGAUAAGAUCAUGUUAACGACCAUUAUGGAUGCGCACUUUAAAGCUGGGAAUUUAAAAGCUGCUUUGGAGGUGUACCGAGACUUAUUGGUCAGGGGUUUUGAACCGGACACUGUAACUCUUUCAACGUUAAUGGACGGGUUAUGCAAGCAUGGGCAUCUUGAGGAUGCUAGAGGGCAUUUUUGCAGGGAAAAAGCCAAUGAAAUCUCAUAUACUGUGCUUAUUGAUGGGAUGUGCAAAGAAGGGUUGUUCGGGGAAGUUGAAACGGUUGCCAAGGAGAUGUUGGAUGCAGGGUUUGUUCCAGACAAGUAUGUGUACACUUCUUGGAUUGCUGGGCUUUGCAAACAGGGAAAAUUAGUUGAAGCUUUUAUGCUUAAGAGUAAAAUGGUCCAGGAAGGUGUUGAACCUGAUUUGUUAACUUAUAGUUCAAUAAUUUUUGGUUUAGCAAAUAAGGGGCUAAUGAUUGAAGCCAAACAGGUUUUUGAUGAUAUGUUAAAACGCAGAAUCUCUCCCGACAAGGCUGUCUAUGAUAUUCUGAUACGAGGCUAUCUUAAGGAGGAAAAUGAAGCUGCUGUUUCGGGUUUGUACAAUGAAAUGAGAAAGAAAGGGCUUUGAAAUAGGUGCCUUUUAUCAUUGAAACUAUUGCUGGAAGGGUUGAUGCUGCUCGGUAGAAUGAUCAUAUGCGUCCAACUGAAGCCGUUCUUGCCCUUCCGCAGUCUCUGCUCAAGCUUGCUCAAAAGAGGUACUUAAACUUUAUCAAAACAUACUGGUAUCAAGUGGUUCCGACAAAGAAUGAGUAUCUGUGUGAUCUGAGAUAACUCUCAGAUUAUUGGGGCUGGCAGUGAUCAGUCAUGGAUGAUAACUCAACAAUGGUCUGUCUUAGCAGGUUCUCAUUGAAACUAUUGCUGGAAGGGUUGAUGCUGCUCGGUAGAAUGAUCAUAUGCGUCCAACUGAAGCCGUUCUUGCCCUUCCGCAGUCUCUGCUCAAGCUUGCUCAAAAGAGGUUGGCUGUGCAAAACCUACAUGAUGAAAUGAUCUUCAAAAUAAAAAUCAAGAGUAGAUGGAUGAGCAGAUAGAAACUUAUCAGGGGAAAAAUGCAGCAACUUAGGAACAAGCUCUGUUAAAAGUAAUAUAUUGGCUUGAAAAUGUAAUAUCUUUUUGUUUUGUACAUACAAAAAGCUUGUCAAUGAUAUACGACAAUAAAUAAAGAAAUUAUUUCAAAAAUACCCAAAAACAAUAAAAAAAUUGAAGUUUUU